UUAGGAACCAAGAUGGCGCCUCCUGCCGAGCUUCCCAUGUGCUGUUUCCGGUCAUAUACGGAAGCGCGAUUCCUGGCGGUAGCUGAGGCGGUAGGCGGUUGCCAGCCGUGUGGGUUCUCUUAAAUUGCUCGCUGCGUAGCCAGUCAGCAGCGAACAUGUCUAGCAGAAACAAUAAUAAGCUGCCCAGCAACCUGCCGCAGUUACAGAAUCUUAUCAAGCGGGACCCGCCGGCCUACAUCGAGGAGUUUCUACAGCAGUAUAAUCACUACAAAUCCAAUGUGGAGAUUUUCAAAUUACAACCAAAUAAACCCAGCAAGGAACUGGCAGAGCUGGUGAUGUUUAUGGCACAGAUUGGUCACUGUUAUCCAGAACAUUUAAGUAACUUUCCUCAAGAACUGAAGGAUCUUCUCUCCUACAACCACACUGUCCUGGAUCCAGAUCUCCGAAUGACAUUUUGCAAAGCUUUGAUCUUGCUGAGGAAUAAGAAUCUCAUCAAUCCAUCAAGUUUGCUAGAACUCUUCUUUGAACUUCUGCGUUGCCACGAUAAGCUCCUGCGCAAGACUUUGUAUACUCACAUUGUGACUGAUAUCAAAAAUAUAAAUGCAAAACACAAGAACAAUAAAGUGAAUAUAGUUUUACAGAAUUUCAUGUAUACCAUGUUAAGAGACAGCAAUGCAACUGCAGCCAAGAUAUCUUUAGAUGUGAUGAUUGAACUCUACAGAAGAAAUAUCUGGAAUGAUGCCAAAACUGUCAAUGUGAUCACAACAGCAUGUUUCUCUAAGGUCACCAAGAUAUUAGUUGCUGCUUUGACAUUCUUCCUUGGGAAAGACGAAGAGGAGAAACAGGGCAGUGACUCAGAAUCUGAGGAUGACACACCAACAGCAAGAGACCUGCUGGUGCAGUAUGCCACAGGGAAGAAAAGCUCCAAAAACAAGAAGAAGUUAGAAAAGGCUAUGAAAGUGCUCAAGAAACAAAAGAAGAAGAAAAAACCAGAAGUGUUCAACUUUUCAGCGAUUCAUUUGAUUCAUGAUCCCCAAGAUUUUGCAGAAAAGCUACUGAAGCAGCUAGAGAGUUCUAAGGAGAGGUUUGAGGUGAAGAUGAUGCUCAUGAACCUCAUCUCCAGAUUGGUGGGAAUUCACGAGCUUUUUCUCUUCAACUUCUAUCCCUUUGUGCAGAGGUUUCUGCAGCCCCACCAAAGAGAAGUAACAAAGAUCCUUCUGUUUGCUGCACAAGCAUCUCAUCACUUAGUACCUCCAGAGAUCAUCCAGUCUUUGCUCAUGACGGUGGCCAACAACUUUGUUACCGACAAGAACUCUGGGGAAGUCAUGACCGUAGGAAUCAAUGCUAUAAAAGAGAUAACAGCUCGAUGUCCUCUAGCUAUGACUGAAGAACUUCUCCAAGACCUGGCUCAGUAUAAAACACACAAAGAUAAGAAUGUGAUGAUGUCUGCUAGAACUUUGAUUCAGCUCUUCCGAACACUGAAUCCUCAGAUGUUGCAAAAGAAAUUCCGGGGUAAGCCUACAGAGGCGUCCUUAGAAGCAAGAGUGCAAGAAUAUGGAGAACUAGAUGCUAAAGAUUACAUUCCAGGAGCAGAAAUCCUGGAAGUUGAAAAAGAAGAAAAUGCUGAAGAGGAUGGAGACGGGUGGGAGAGUACCAGCCUCAGUGACGAAGCAGACUCCGAUGGUGAGUGGGUUGACGUGCACCAUUCUUCCGAUGAAGAGCAGAAAGAAAUUUCCGAGAAGCUGAACAGCAUGCCUUUGGAGGAGCGGAAAGCCAAAGCUGCAGCCGUCAGCACCAGCCGGGUCUUAAGUCAGGAAGACUUCCAGAAAAUCCGAAUGGCCCAAAUGAGGAAAGAACUCGACGCGGCCCCCGGGAAAGCCCAGAAGAGGAAGUACGUGGAAAUAGACAGUGACGAGGAGCCCAGAGGUGAGUUACUUUCUCUUCGGGACAUUGAACGCCUUCAUAAAAAGCCAAAGUCUGACAAGGAGACAAGACUAGCAACUGCAAUGGCUGGAAAGACAGACCGGAAAGAAUUUGUGAGGAAGAAGACCAAGAUGAAUCCAUUUUCCAGUUCCACAAAUAAAGAGAAGAAAAAGCAGAAGAACUUUAUGAUGAUGCGGUAUAGUCAUAACGUCCGGUCCAAAAAUAAGCGUUCCUUCCGAGAAAAGCAGCUGGCACUACGAGAUGCACUUUUGAAAAAGAGAAAAAGAAUGAAGUAACUUCCAAGCAAGUUUUCCAUUCCAAGAAGAAUGCUAACCUUGUGUCAUGACUCUGAAAAUUAAUAAAUUAAGAAUGUUUGUUUACUGUAAAAA